AUGACCGACAAAGACAAUCCCAAAAAAGAAAAAAAGGGAAGAGGAAAGAGUAAAGAAGUGUUUGGCUACCCAAUCAGCAUCUUUUUCAUUAUAGUUAAUGAGUUCUGUGAGAGGUUCUCCUAUUAUGGAAUGCGAGCUGUGCUGGUGUUGUACUUUAAAUACUUUUUUCAAUGGAACGAUGACUUGGCCAUUUCCAUCUAUCACACCUUUGUGGCUUUCUGCUACCUGACCCCCAUAUUUGGGGCCAUUGUGGCUGACUCCUGGCUUGGAAAGUUUAGGACUAUCAUCUACCUUUCGAUUGUUUACGCAGUUGGCCAGGUGGCGAUGGCUGUCAGCGCUAUCCAUGACAUCACUGAUAAAAACAGAGACGGGACACCAGACAAUCUGACCUUUCAUGUUGUGCUGUCCAUGGUGGGUCUCAUGCUCAUUGCUCUUGGAACUGGUGGCAUCAAACCAUGUGUGGCUGCCUUUGGUGGAGACCAGUUUGGAGAUCAACAGGAAAAGCAAAGAAGAACUUUCUUUUCAGUUUUCUACCUCUGCAUUAAUGGUGGAAGUCUUCUGUCAACCAUUAUAACUCCGAUCCUCAGAGCUCAGGACUGUGGCAUCCACAGUAAGAGCAAGUGCUACUCUCUUGCUUUUGGGGUGCCUGCAGCCCUGAUGGUGGUUGCUCUUGCGGUGUUUAUCAUGGGAAGCAGUAUGUACUACAAAGCUAAACCAGAGGGGAAUAUCAUGUUCAAAGUGUCUAAAUGUAUAGGGUUUGCAAUUAAAAACCGGUAUAGACACAGAAGCAAGCAAUAUCCUAAGAAGGAGCACUGGAUGGACUGGGCGGAGGAGAAAUAUGAUAAACUCCUCAUUGCUCAAAUCAAAAUAGCGCUGAGGGUUCUCUUCUUGUAUAUCCCACUGCCCAUGUUCUGGACCCUUUUCGAUCAAAAGGGCUCAAGAUGGACUCUACAAGCCACCACAAUGGAUGGAAAUUUUGGGGCAAUUGUGAUACAGCCUGAUCAAAUGCAGACGAUCAACCCCAUCCUGAUCCUGACUCUGGUUCCAAUUAUGGACAGCCUGAUAUACCCUCUGAUCAGAAAGUGUGGUCUGAACUUUACACCCCUGAGAAAAAUGACUGUAGGGAUGAUUUUGGCAGCACUUGCUUUUUUCUGUGCAGCGGUGAUCCAGCUUCAAAUUGAUAAAACCUUGCCUGACUUCCCAUCUAAGACCCAGAGUCAGCUGAAGUUACUCAACAUGGGAAACACUGCUAUUAAAGUCCAGCUUCCAGGCAGUGAGGAGUUCACUCUUCCUGGAGCUCAGGCCAGUGAAGAUUACUUCCAAUUUGAUAGUGAACAAAUUGUUGUUUCAGUCGGUAAUCCUUCUGUCACAAAAAGUGUUCUCCUUACCAAAGAACAGCGGCAGACACUUCUUAUCCCCUCAGCUAUCAAUGAUGAAUGGCUGCUGGCUGAUGAUUUGAUUUAUAAGCCGCAAGAAGGAAACAAUGAAAUCCGAUUUAUAAAUGGAAUGAGUAAACCACUCAACGUCUCUUCUGAUGCAGUCCAGCUUGGGGUGAUUAACCCAUUUCAUUAUUCAAACUACACCCAAAUAAAAAAUGGAAGGGCCACAUUCACCUUGCAGGAUGGGUCACAUUCAUGUGAAUACAGCAAGGAUUUUGGAUUCGGAGGCUCAUAUACAUUCUUUGUUCCCAGCACACUAUCUUUUGGAUCCAAUUGUCAGGAGUCGAUAACUGAAACAGUGAACAUAAAGCCAAACUCGGUACACAUGGCUCUCCAGAUCCCGCAGUACUUCCUCAUCACUGCUGGUGAAGUGAUGUUUUCUGUUACUGGCCUGGAGUUCUCCUACUCACAAGCACCCAGUAACAUGAAGUCAGUGCUGCAGGCAGGCUGGUUGUUGACUAAUGCCGUUGGAAACUUUAUUGUCCUCAUUGUUGCAGAGAUUGCAAAACUUCCCAAACAGUGGACAGAGUAUAUCCUUUUUGCCUCUCUCUUGGUGGCGGUGUGCAUCAUCUUCUCCAUUAUGGCAAGCUUCUAUACCUACAUCGACCCCACAGAAAUAGAGGCACAGUUCAAGAAUAAAUCAUACGAUUCUGACGAGGAUGAUGAUAAGAAGAAGCUUGAGAAAUCAGAACACAAGAUGGAGAAGCGAAACUCGGUUAGCAGUGAUGAAGAAGACAAUAAAUCUAAUCAAACCAGCAUGUGAGCUCCAGCUAGCAGGAAAGAAAACCUAUCAGGGCAUAGAAUUUUUUAUGGGCAUACAUUGCAAAUAUGUUUAAAUUGCAAUUAACAAAGAACAUUAUUAGUUAACAAAAUAUAGACAUGAAAAAAAAUUAUUUUGUAUGAAUCUUAACAUUUUCAUGAUUGAUGUCUUGAAAAUUUGUCUGGACUGGUUUUGGAACUAUGAUAAAUCUUUACUCCAAAGAUAUGAUGAUUACUGAGCUUCCGCAUUUGGGAUUCUUCCACAGGGCAACACUUUAACUUAAGAAAAUAUUUCCUCUCUUUGUUUUCCCU